UUAAAAAAAAUCAUGACAUAUCGGCGCUUGAUGGCGUGAUGUUUGUGUUGACUUCUGGAGGUUUGAUAGUUUGACUUGAGUUGCCAAAUCUCCAAAUGUUUCAUGCCGUUAAUUCAGUUUUAUACUGUCAAUAGGGAAUCUAAAAGUUGUCUUUGAAGUUCUACUGUGAGCAAAAUGCCGCCACGCAUUGAUGACGUAAUGAACCUGUGUUGUGAGCUGUCCGCAAAUCAUCAAGUAAAAACAGCGGUGAAGCAGUCUGGAAGAGGAGCAGCGGCCGCUGGUGGUCUGGCUUUCGCAGGGGGCUUACUAGGGGGUCCAUUGGGAAUUGCAGUGGGUGGGGCUGUUGGUGGACUGAUUGGAUGCUGGAUGACAAGCGGACAGUUUAAACCUCUACCUCAGGUUAUCAUGGAGCUGACACCUGACCAGCAGCGCAGACUCCGUGAGGAUAUUGUAAACAUUUUAGGCUCAAUAACAUGGACUGAUGUUGCACAGCUGACUGCCCUUGUGAUGGGAAACGCCACACUACAGCAGCAAGUGACCGCUGCUCUUCUGAGCUAUAUACAAAAGGAACUUCAAGCUGAAGUGCAUUAUGUAGACUGAUGUAACUUAAUUUUUAUUAAGAGAAACAACAUUUCAAACCCUAUAAUCAUGUGUCAUACGGAUUGUUUGAGUGGAUGCUUGAUUUCUGUUGUUGAAACUGGCAUACAACAUAUUAGUACUGUAUGGUACAUUAGAAUCUGUGAAAUCUUAUUUCCUCCACAGGAUAAAAAAAGGUAAUUGUGUGGUUUUUUUUAAUCUCUCUCUUGCAAUUCAGAGUUUAUAUCUGACAAUUCUGACUCUUUUCUUGCAUUUUAGAGAGAAAAAAAACCCUCUUAAUUAUUGCAUGGCAGAAACAAAAAGUUAGAGUUGUGAGAUAAAAAAAUAAUGCUACCUAAUCUCACAAUUUAGAUUUUUUUUCCUUGUCAUUUGUAGGAAAAAAACCCAGAAUUGUUUCAUGAUG